ACAUCUCUUUCCAGGUUUACGUAAAACAUGUGAGUUUUAUUUAAUUGCUGGCUUCAUGCUUCGAUCAUUUUAAGUAGAAACCGUAUCGAACGGAAUAAUUCAAUUACUCGCGGUGUCAAUAUCACGAUGGUACCUCAUGACUCUUUGAUUAUUCUCUCUAUAUAAAGUGAGACAACACCUUCCAAACAGUUACACCAAACAUUCCGAAAGAGUUUUUGCCACUAUGAAGGCAACGAUUGCACUAUUAAUCCUUGGAGCGUUGGUCCUGCUGGCGGCAGCGGAGAAUAAUGUCCAGCACAAGGAAAAGCGAGCAGCCAAUAACCAGGCAAGUGCAAUCGUGGAGAAAAUUGCGGAAAAGGGCAUGGUUUUUGCUGGUUCUGUCGUUGAAAAACUGAAAAAUAGUGAAGUGGCUCGAAAAUUGCUAGGAAAAGUUCUAGGCGCAAUGGGAACCCAAAGGGGAAAGCGCUCAAUUCAAACCAAUGCCACGGUCACAAACUACAAUUCGGCCCAUUACCAAAAGCUGGUACUACAUCAAACUCUUGCUACCGACCCCAGCCCAAAUAGAGUUUCAUCCUGCCCAAUCGCACAAAAUGAGCUGAACUGGAUUGAAACCAUAUUUAUUGCUGUACAACUUGCACUGGGAGAGGUUAACAAAGUUAUAAACGGCCAAAAAGUAGGGUUUACAGUACCCAAACCAACGCCAUACAAGGUUCACAACUAAAUAAAAAUGAGUGGUUAAAAAUUACUUGAAAUUUUGCGAACAAAUAAAACUUUAUGCUAUAAAACAA